UCUCAUUCAUCGCAGCCACUCUCCUCAUUGAUCAGGACACAUCUUUUCACAAUGGAACAUCUGAACCAAUCUCGCGUUUAUAUUGUACCAGGUCUCAAGCCUGUAAAUACCUUGCACUCUUAUGCAUAUAGUGUCACUGGUGGUGCAGGUGGACGUGGGACAAAGAUCUCCACCACUAACUAUACUUCAGCAGCUGCCGGCAACUUGGGCGGGUGGAAUGACUUCCCAUCAACUACCCGCAGGUCUGAAAUCCUCGGUAUUUGGAAUGGGAAGCAAGCCAUGCAGGAGCUUAACGAUCGCCUGGCACACUAUGUGGAGCAAGUUAAGAUGCUGGACGAGAAAAACAGGUGGCUGGAGGUCAGCAUCAGAGAGGCCACUGAGAAGAGAGGCCCCUUGGCAGGAAAGGACUACAACAAGUACUAUGCCGUCAUUGAAGACCUGAAGGCAAAGAAACUUGACAUGAGAAGGGCCAUUGCACAGCUCACUCUUGCGUUUGAAAAUGCGAGACUAUCUGGAGAAGACUUCAAAUUCAAGAUGGACUACGAGUUGUCCAUGCGUCAGAUGGUGGAGGCCGAUGUUGCCAAGCUGAGGCAGAAUGUUGAUGACACCAAUAUUGCUUGUCUGAACCUGGAAACGGACGUUGAGUUUUUGAAGGAAGAUUUAAUUUGCUUAAAGAAGGACCAUGAAAAUGAAGUGGCUGAAUUGCGUGACAAGGUCACCAAGGCUGGGGUGCACGUGGAUGUUGACGCUCCAAAAGGACAGGACAUAUCCAGGGUCAUAGAGGAGAUGAGGAACACGUACGAGAGGUUGAUACAGCAGAAAAAGGAUGAGAUCAAAGCUUGGCAUGAAUCUAAGGUGGAAAAGGUGCAGGUCCAAGUGACUGAGAACACGACAGCCCUGAAGGAGGCCACCGGUCUACUGAGUGGAACUAAAAGGACACUUCAAGACAUGGAAAUUAAACUGCAAACUGCACGUACACGGAAUGAAACUCUGGACAAUGCCCGUCAUGAAAUAAACCAGCGCUAUGGCAGAAAGCUGGAUGAAUAUAAAAGAAUCAGUGAGAAGCUGGAGGCAGAGAAGAAUGAAAUCGAGAAGAAAAGGGGAACGUGCAAGAUCACCACUGAAAAACUGCAGGAAGAGAUUAAUGAAUACAGGAGGCUGCUGGAAGGGCUGGACGGUGGUGGAACUUUGAGAUUGGAGGAUGCAGUUGACUCAAGGAUGGUCCUGACCAAAAAGAUGACACUCACUCAGACUUUGGUGAAUGGAAAAGUGGUGUCAGAGACCCAGGAUGUCACUUCCAGUGAAGCUGUUGUUCCUAAAAAAUAAUAAUAAAGAUCAACGAACUACAGUACAGUGCUUGGUGUGCUUCUACUGUUUGCAUAAGGGUUCACGCCAAGCUUCUGUACAGGAUUAAUUUGCUCUGUACUGGUUUAUCUAAUGUGUCCAUGUUAUCAAGGGUUAGAUUGAUACCAUGCUGUAAUGAAGCUACUGUACAGUCGGCAUUUACCUCAGCUUAGCUCAGCAACAAUUAAUCUAUGUGAUAUAAAUAUUCCCCCUUAACUAAAGAUUUCAUUUUGUGACUUUUUGAAUUCUGAUAAACCUGAAAUUGUUUAAGAUAAGGAACGGUUGUUGUGUUUUUUUUUUUUCAUAUUAUGCAACUUCAGCUGCCACAAUCUUUUUCCUGUAAUGCACAUGCACCGCCUGGCCCUCUGACUCCCACACAAUCAACUCUGCAGUGACCGCUGGACAUUCUUUCAGCUUCUGAGAAUUUCCCAUUCUGAUUGGCCUUGUCUCAUUACGGGAAGGAGUUUUCUUUUCAGGGGCAUACAAUGAGUAGCUCAACCUUGUCCUAGGCUUAGCAUAACUCUUGUUAACUGGUUGCUUACACAGUAUUUUGUACUGUACUUAGAGACGCACGGAUCAUCAUAUUUUGCUAAUUGCCUCGUGAUGCUUCAGUCAGUUGGAGAUAAUUGCCUAGCAUGAAGUCAACCUUUACGUUGU